AUGGUGUUUUUGGAUGAAAAUCGCCCCAGAUUUCCUAGAGAAGCGGUUUUGCUCCCCGGUUGCGAUGACGAUUUCGAAGAGCCCAACGCUUUCGAGGCGCUAUUUCUCUCCUUUGGAAUGAUCCUCAUGGCCGAAUUCGCCGACAAAACCUUCUUCGUCGCCUGUAUUUUGGCGAUGAAGUACAGUCGUGUCCUUGUCUUCAUGGGUUGCUGGCUUGGGCUUGUCUGCAUGACUGGCAUUUCUGUCGCGUUGGCGAUGAUUUUCGAACACUCCGUCAUUCCGCAAAAUUACGUUCAAUACGCGGCUGGAGCGCUUUUUGCCAUUUUUGGACUUCAGAUGUUUUACGAAGGGUACAAGAAUAGGGGCUUGAAGGCAUCGGAUGAAAUGAAGGACGCGGCGGAUGAGUUGAGCGAGGGAGGCAACGAUGAUUCGUCAAUUACAGUUCGUUUCCGAAAGUCUUCAACAAGCGAAGAUCCAAAUGACCCAGAAGUUUCCGUGGAAAUGAUCAGCAAUUCUCGUCGCCCAUCUCAAGCGGCUUCGCAAACAUCCGACACAGCUAAUCAAAAUGUUGGCUGUUUGAAGAAGACCGAAAAUACUCUCGGAAUCUGCGUCAACAAAGUCUUCCUGAAGGCUUUUUUGCUGACUUUUCUCGGCGAAUGGGGCGACAAAUCUCAGCUUGGAACGAUCAGUUUGGCCGCGACAAAUCCGAGUGCUCAACUUAUGGUUUUCAUCGGAUGCUCCCUUGGAUAUGCUGCUUGCGUGGGUCUGGCAGUCAUUCUGGGAAAAUUCGUCGUCUCGAAAAUUAAAAUAACUUACUUGAAUAUUGCUGGAGGAAUUCUCUUCCUUGGCUUUUCCGCGUUCACUUUCUACAAUGCUUUCAUGCAUCCUGAAGACGAUACUGUGUCCGAUCUCCACGAUACUGAAUGCAACUGA